CCCAUGGGUUCCUUUUUUUUCUUCCCGAGGUUGGGCGUGAAUUUUGAAAUGAUUAUUGCAUUUUGUCAGCUGUGCUGAACCAACUGAACCAACAUAGAGAUAAUAAAAUAUAGUGGUUUUCCUACUCAAGGAGUCGAGCAACGGACUGGAUAAUUGAAAACCAUGGGGAAACUCCAGUCCCAGAUUCUUCAGAUUCUAAUGGCCUUUGGUGCAAUCUUUGUUGUGUUUCAAAUUUACGUUUUCAAAUCGGCUUGGAUGAAUGAAGAGGAUUCCGACGAGGAGAGAAACGAAAAGAAAAGAUCUGAUGACUGGACUCCGCCUCUUGACUACAUCACGGUCGAAGCAUUCACCAGUAUAGCCAAGGAGUACAAAGUACCCCUGUUCCUGCUCGAGCCGGCCAUCUUGGAGUCAGUAUGGGCUCACAGGACGGGUACAAGACCCUCCAAGGGGCGAUGCCGGUUCCUGUGCAAGGGUACAGAUUCCACUACGUUUGGUGUCAUCUCUGCUCAGUGGAUCACACAGAAUUUCCUGGAUGCCAUGUGGAGAAGUGGCUUCAGGUCAUCCCUCUCCAAGGGCAGCGAUCCCAGACUCCUCUCUGUCAACGAACUGGUCCCACCCAGCGUCAUUCCUCAGCAUUACUUCUUCCAGUACCAAGCACACCUCAUCCAUCUGGUGGUCUUCUAUGAGAGGGCGGGGUCGUACCUCUGGCACGGUACCGCCUCGGAAGGGGAGUGGGAGCCGGGUCAUGAUGGGCAGUUUCUCUGGUUUCCAGUCAAGAGUCUGCGGUUCGGUGGUGAGCGAGAGGGUGCUUUUCAAAAAAUGGAAUUCGCAGACAUCAAGAUAGAUGGUGUACCACUAACGGUCCCCAAGCAUCCGAUGAAACUACUGCAACAGGUGCCAAAUUCUACUUUUUUAGAGUGCAAUUACCAGCAAGCUAGGGAGUUCCUGGCAGAGAACGGUGUGGAUGAUACUCCCAAAGCUGCUGAUUUUAGAAGCAGAGCCAGAGCGAUCCUUGAGAGGGGGAUGAUGGCCUUAGAUGGAAUAGGAGUUCCUUUCUGGAUCAGCAGUGGAACUUGUUUAGGUUGGUUUCGAGAGUGCAAUAUCAUAGCCCACAGUGUGGAUGUAGACUUGGGUAUGCGUAUCAGGGAUUAUAACGACAAGGUGAUACCAGCAAUGGAAAGUCAAGGUCUUCAACUUCUUCAUCAGUUUGGAAAGGUAGAGGAUAGCUUUGAGCUGUCAUUUGCCAGAGAUAGCAUCAAGUUGGACAUAUUUUUCUUCUACGACGAUGAAGAUUUUAUAUGGAAUGGUGGGACAGAUGCCCAUACUGGAGAAAAAUAUCAGUAUGUCUUUCAUCAAUUCAAUCUCUGCUGGACAGAGCUGGUGGGUCUCCUUGUACGGAUCCCUUGCCCUACCCUGCCUUACAUCGAGGCCAACUACGGCACUGAGUGGGACCAGAAGGUCACCCAGUGGGACUGGAAGGAAAGUCCGCCCAACGUCAGACCCAACGGAGUCUGGGAGAAGGAGGAGUGGCCUUAUGUGAUCCAGACGUUUCCAAUCAUGUGAGUCGUGACCUGUGGGGGAUCCAGCUGGAUUGGAUGCAACACCAUUUCAGGGGCCAUAUUGUUUGCAUGAUGGUUGGCCACCCCAAAACCGUUGUUUAAUCUGACUGGGGGCCCGUUGCAGAAAGAGUUGCAAGC